AUGAGUGAGUCAAAAUCAUCAUUAUCACAUGCAACAAAGAAACAGAUACCGACCAAUAAUGCUCAAAAGGUUUCAACUUUAGGUGGUUUUAUAGCUGGAGGAGUGGCAGCGUGUGGUGCUGUUACAUUCACGAACCCUAUAGAGUUAAUCAAAACAAGAAUGCAAUUGCAAGGUGAAUUAUCAAAGACCAAUAAAAAUCAACCUAAACUAUAUAAAAAUCCAGUUCAAGCGUUUGGGUUAAUUUACAAACAUGAAGGUAUAAGAGGAUUACAACAAGGAUUAGUAUGUGGAUAUUUUUAUCAAUUGGGGUUGAACGGUUGUAGAAUAGGUUUGUAUGAACCAAGUAGGUACUAUAUUUCCAAGUUGUUAAAUCCAAAAUCAAUAAUGGAUAAUGGAUUGAUAAAACAAAAUUUAUUCAUAAAUGUGCUAGCUGGGUUUGUAUCUGGUUCAGCUGGUGCAGUUUUAGCAUCUCCAUUUUUUUUAAUUAAAACAAGAAUGCAAUCAUUUUCCAAAACAGGUGCUGUAGGACAACAAACUUAUUAUCAUGGAACUUGGGAUGGUAUACGACAAAUUUACAAUCAUGAAGGUAUUAAAGGUUUAUAUAGAGGUGUUGAUGCUGCAGUGUUAAGGACUGGUGCUGGAUCAGCUGCACAAUUACCUGUUUAUAAUUUGACUAAAAACUUUUUAUUGAAACAUAAUUUAGUCAAAGAUAAUUCCUUUUUACUACAUUUUGCUAGUGCUUCAAUGGCAGGUUUGGGAGUUGCAAUAGUUAUGAAUCCAUGGGACGUUGUAUUAACAAGAAUGUAUAAUCAAAAGGGGAAUUUAUAUAAAGGUCCAUUAGAUUGUUUUAAAAAAACAAUACAGAUUGAAGGACCAAUGGCUUUAUAUAAAGGAUUCUGGGCUCAAUUAUUUAGAGUUGGACCUCAUAGUAUAUUGACUUUAAUAUUCAUGGAACAUUGUAUGAAUGCAAUGGUUAAAAUUGAACAAAAACUAGGGAUAAACCCAGUACAUUAA